UGUCACAUCACUAGUGAAACCUCUGACAUUCUCAACAAAUGUAAACAUAUUGAUUUGUUGUAUUUUUAACUUAUUUUAUUGACUUGCGGCAAAGGUUCAUUACAAAAUGGACCAGGAGACCGCGAAGAAGCUCCUCGUCGAGGGCGGGACGUUCGUGUUCCUCGGUGUACCUGAGGAAACGCAGUUUGGCAUUGACAUGCAAUGCUGGAACACUGAUGAGGAUUUCCGUGGAAUUAAAAUGAUUCCACCGGGUUUACACUACGUGCACUACUCAGCGGUCAGCAAGAGUACCGGGGACGUCUGCCCAAGGUCUGGAUUUAUGCACUACUUCAACAAAAAAGAGUUUCUCGUAAAGAUGUGGGACAAGAAGACGGAAGACAUAAGCACAGAGGAGAUAAGCGAGGAGAGCAUCCAGCGGUUGAAGGACAACCUGUUCAACUUGGACCGGCACCUGGCUCCGUACCCUUAUGAGAUAUGGCAGAAAUGGAAGCUGCUUACAUCACAGAUAACAGCUGAACUCGCAACAAAACUGUCUCCAGAAAAGGGUAUCAUCCGAGCCUCAGUGGAACUCCUCUCCAUGACGGAUGAAGACCGGCCGCGAGGCACCAAGUCCGAGUCAAUGGAGAGCCAGGAGGAACCUGAAACACCAACUGAGGAGGGUGCAGAGACUCCGGGGCAAUCCGAUGCUAAGAGAGCCAAGAGAGUCACUAGAGCUGAGAAGGAGAAUGCUAUGUUACCAGACUUGAAACCUGUGCCCGGCGCCUCAAUGAGGUUCACAGAAAUACCGCAGGACAAAUACCCUCCGGGCUCCACUCCAGAAGAAAUCACCAAGCAUUACUUAGACCAGUCCUACUCUUUAGAGCUGAUGAUCGCGCAACACAAUGAGCCCCUGCACAUCAUUGGAGAGCUCCAACUAGCAUAUCUUUGCUUCCUAAUCGGCCACUCCCUUGAAUGCUUCGACCACUGGAAGAGCCUCGUUAUCCUCCUCUGCUCAUGCGACGAUGCCAUCCACAAAUACAGGAGCGUCUUCUUCCACUUCAUCAGAACAAUGGAGAUACAAAUCGAGGAAAUGCCCGAGGACUUCCUAGCAGAUAUCGUCAUGAACAAGAACCUAGUAUAUAAGAAGCUGAGAGAGUUAUUCAGAACAGCUUAUGUGAGCAAAGUGGAUGGACGACUCCUGACAAUGAUUGAAAGAUUCAAGGAGAAUUUAACAGAGAAAUUGCAGUGGGAUUUCACGGGAUUGGACGCUGAUGAUGAUGAUGAGAGGCCGGUUAUUGUUAAAUUGGAUGGUACAGACACAAUACGAAUGUUUGAUCGUUUAGAAACAAUUGGAAUUUUUGAAAUAUACCCGAAGUCCCGGAGACUAUAAUGUAACGCCAACGUGGAGGUCAAAUAAUUGUACCUGAUUUGUAUUUGGAUUGUUUGAGAUAACCAAAAUCCAUUCAAAUAUUGAGCAGCCUGGGCAAAGAAAUACAAAUUGUACUGAGUUUGUGUAAAUUAUGAUUUAUUUUUCAAAUAGUUUCAAUGAUAGGUAUAUAAAUAUAAUAUAUAUGUGCAUUUUAAGGUAUCUUUAGCAUUAAAUUUAUCGGAUUGUUGUGUGAAUUGAUGAUAUUAUUUUAUAUCUUUAUUUUUAUGGUUCCGUUCCAACAUUGCAAAACUCCGAUAUAUUUAAUGUUAGUGAAAAUCUGUGACAAGUAAAUUAGUAUUUCUCUGGGUUUUACCCGGUUAUGGUUGGUGCCAAGUGGGAUUGUAUAACCUUGUAGGCAAGCAGAUACCUAAUCAUACCCACAUUAAAUAAAUAAAAAAAUAAAAAUAAUUUAUUUUCAGACAGUUACAGUCCAUAGUUGUUAGUACUUAAUUAUUUCUCUAAUCGAAAAAUCAUUAUCUUAAUCAUUUACUUAAUCAUAUCUCUAAUCUAAAUGCUCUAGUACAAAUACUGUUCAUAGCACUAGUCUCUUUAUAUUAGUUGUACUUAGAUGUUUUUCUAUUGAUGACUUUUUAAAUCAUUCGUCAGUGUAGUAUUUUAGUACACAUACCGUAAGCCAAAAUAAAAUCAUUUUGGACUUAAGAGUCCCCGGCAUGCUAGGCCGAAAUUCACCUUCCCAUACAAACGGAGUUUCGUUCUCAUUUCAAAACUACGUGUUGGAUUAUAAUGAAACUUUGCGCAUACAAUGACAUGAGGUAUAUCUAGGCCUGUAAUCCGUUUAUAUAGCUCUAGUAAUUCUAGUAUAAAACAUAUAAUAUAUAAAACAAACGAAAUAGAGCAAAACCAAGUUUCGUAUGAAAAAUUUAAAUUCGCUGUAUUUUUUUAACUAUUGUAUCUGUAGCUACAUACACUAAUUACAGACCUAGAUAUACCUUAUCCUAUUGUAAGUACAAAGUUUCAGAGCAAUCUAGCUAGUCGUUUUAAAAUGAGAGCGUAAGUGUUUAAGCUAACUUUAAGGUAAUUUUGCGAUUUCGCGUUUGUUCAUCGCUACAAGUGUUGGGUGACCCAAACCCGCCAUCGCGCCCGCCUACAACGACAGCGCAAGACCUCCCUAAACCGGUUAUCUCAUCGCGCGCUGCAGUACGUGACGCUGACGGCCGCCCGUCGUGACCGCUGCUCACUCAUGCACUGUCAGUGCUUGAAAAUGGAGACCAAGGCUCUCCGAAACAUGUCGCGCGAGUGACUAAAAAUACGUGUGAAACCGCAAAAUUAGCUUAAAGUUAAUAUGUAUUCGAUUGUAACUACGUUUGUAUGGAGAACCGAGCUUGCCGGGAACAUUACCAUUCGAACGCCACGGCUAUCGCGGCGCGGUCAUCUUGAACCUUGUCGUAAUGCAAGAACGUUGAUAUUGGGCUGUAGCUGCGCGACAGUUAACCUCUUUGGCGGUAAAAGUGUUAACUUCCAGUGACAAUAGGACCAGUGAACAGUGAAAUAAAUUCCCGCAUAAACCUAUUCCUGUCCUGUCCCACAGAAACGCACGUAUUUUGUGGAAACGGUUCAAAAUGAAAUGGUUUCAAUAACCAACAAUUUAUUUAGGGUUCCAUACCCAGAGGGUAAAAAUGGGACCCUAUUACUAAGACUCCGCUGUCUGUCUGUCAGGCUGUAUCUCACGAACCGUCAUAGCUAGACAGUUGAAAUUUUCACAGAUGAUGUAUUUCUGUUGCCGCUAUAACAACAAAUACUAAAAACAGAAUAAAAUAAAUAUUUAAGUGGGGCUUCCAUACAACGCACGUGAUUUUUUUGCGUAAUGGUACGGAACCCUUCGUGCGCGAGCCCGACUCGCACUUGGCCGGUUUUUAGUCUUGGGAAUAACUAAACGUCCGUAAAUCACACUUGUGAAUGCUUCAUUCGCGCCGUUUGUUUUUUGUACGAUUUUAGUAGUAUUUUAUGAUAGUUAUGUUUAAGCAAAGGUAUCCUUCAUUACCAUCACGGCUCGAUGACCUUGCUAUUUUGUUAUAAUGAAUUCUUAUAAGUAGUACAGUUUAGAACUGUAGCUUUAUGUACUGUGUACAUCCCUAGGAUCCACAUCAAAAUAAUUGUAGACUGGUACUGUUACACAUGCUC